GUCUCUCUUUCUCAAAAAAGAAAAGAAAAGAUUACAGUCCCUUUUAAUGACCCAUUUGGGUCGUCGUCACCACAGAAUAUUCAACGCAUUACAGAUAGAUGGCAUAUAUAUAUAUACACACAUAUUUUACGAAGCUCUCAUUAAAUCCACCAAUCUAAAACCAUACAGAAGGAAGAAAAAGACUGUUUUGUUUUGUUGUAUUUCUUACUUCCUUGGAUGGAGAAAACAAGAAAAUGAAGAAUCCAUCAGAUGAAGAAAACAUAAUCAGCAGCAGCAAGGCCUCAAGUUCUUGGAGAAACCAUAUCAGCAUCAGCAGAAUAGGGCUUGUGUUCGUAGGAUCACUUGUUGCAGUUUCAUGCUUUCUCUCCUACAAAUCAGCCUACCAUUUUCAAUUCUUACCCACCUCCUUCCGUUCCUCCUCCUCUCCAGCUCCUGUCUCUCCUGAGAAGCUUGAUGUGGAAUUAGAGAAGGUUUUGAGAGCAGCAUCAAUGGAGGAUAACAAGACAGUGAUAUUGACAACUUUAAAUGAUGCAUGGGCAAAGCCUGGGUCUGUAAUUGAUGUGUUCUUGGAGAGCUUCAGGAUUGGGAACAAUACAAAUGGGCUCCUAACUCAUUUGGUAAUAGUAACAUUAGAUGAAAAGGCACAUUCACGUUGCCUGGCAAUACAUCCACACUGCUAUGCUCUUGUUACCAGAGGCCUUAAUUUUACACAAGAGGCUUUUUUCAUGACCCCAACUUACUUGGAAAUGAUGUGGGCAAGGAUCGAAUUUUUGGCUACUGUUCUUGAGAUGGGUUACAGCUUUAUCUUCACGGAUGCAGAUGUGAUGUGGCUACAAAAUCCAUUUCCCCACUUCUACCCAGUUGCAGAUUUCCAGAUAGCAUGUGAUAAUUAUUGGGGUAACUCUUCUGAUAGAAACAAUAUGCCAAAUGGUGGGUUUAACUAUGUUAAAUCUAAUACUCCCACAAUUCAAUUUUACAAGUUUUGGUACUUCUCUAGGACACAGUACCCAGGGAAGCAUGACCAAGAUGUGUUGAACAUGAUCAAAUUUGAUCCAUUCAUUGAUAAAAUUGGGUUGCAAAUGAGGUUCUUAGACACAGCUUACUUUGGUGGGUUCUGUGAACCAAGCAAAAACUUCAACUUGGUGUGCACAAUGCAUGCAAAUUGUUGUUUUGGUUUGGAGCAUAAAGUUUAUGAUCUUAAACUUGUGCUUGAAGACUGGAGACGGUUUAUGUUAUCCCCACCAAAUGUAAAAGCAUCUUCUUCAUUCUCUUGGAGAGCUCCUGAUAAAUGCAGGUUACGAUAGAAGAUUAAACAGAAGAAUAAUGAUCAACAAUGUCUGUCUUUGAUCAUUUUUCAGACAAAUGGAUAUGGUAUGUUUCUCCAAUGUUUAUUGAUAAGAACAAUAACAAAAUUAUCUUCUAUAAAUCUUAUGAUCAAGAAACUAUAUUCUUAUGUUGA